UCUAAUUCCUUUCUUUCUGCCGAAUUUAUUUCCUCUUUUAAUUUCAAAUCUGAGUUCCCAACUGCUCGUAAUAGCGGAUUACUUCUUCUUUUAAUUAUUUUAAAUCCGUGCCGAGCCUUCGCAUGCAACGCGGAGUUCUUGUUCCAGCCUUCCCAAUUUAAUGAGAAUGAACCCACCAUGUCACCAGCCAAUCAGCAGUCAUGCAUGCAUCCAUCAUAUAUUUAGAGCUCACAAUCAGUCCGCGCAUCCCCGUCCUCCCUUUCCUUUUCUCGAUUUGUUCCUUCAUUCUCUUUGUUUUUUGGGCUCUCGAGGCUUGCUGCUAGGUAACUUGUAAACGUAUAUAAACUGAUGAAACUUAGAGAAAAGGACCGAGGUGGGACUAUUAGAUAGUGAAACCAGAUUUUGUAGCAAAAGCGUACAUGCUCGGUUGGUUGUCCAGCGCCGCACCUGCUGCUGCCCUAUGCAGCUCGUUGCUGCUGCGCCCACCACCGCACGCCACUCCCUGCACCCACUGCGGCACCCCUGCUUGCGCUGCAGCCUCCUAGCGUCCGCUGCCGCCGCUCCCUGCUAGCGCUGCUAGCUGCUUGCCGCGCAUGGCCUUACCCCUGCUGGUACGUGCUGUGCUAGCUGCUAUUGCUUCUUCUUGCUGUGCUUCCGCCGCUGCUGCUUAGUACUUCUGCCGCUAGGUGCUGCUGCCGCUAGCUACCACUACCUCCUGCUGCUGGCUGCGGCUGCUUUGCUAGCUGCUGCCAGCGCCGUACCUCUGCCUGCUGCCGCGCCUAGCCGCCGCAUCAAACGCCCAGCCACCGCCGCCUAGCGCCGCCGCGCCUGCCUUUGCCCGCCGGGCGCCGAGCCACUUCCGCCGGGGCCGCUGCUGGCCGGGGCCUCGCCCUGCUCUGCCAUCCCCUGCGCUGGGCGCUGAGGCCGCCGACGCCUCCUGUGUCGUGCGUGCCGGCCAGUGGGAAGCCCAGUCGUGGCCACUGCAAAACGUGGCUGCUGGCCCAUUAGAGAAAUCUUAGCGACGCGGGCCAAGACAGAGGUCCAGCUGAGCAACCUACGAUCAACAACGUACGGAAAACGAAUCAGUGUCUUGGAAAAAACUCAAUGGGAUGAGGCUAAGGCUUCCACCGGGACCUCCAAGAUGGCCAAUCUUUGGGAACCUUCUCCAGUUGAGUCCUCUUCCCCACAAGGACUUUGCUCGAUUUUGCACCAAGUAUGGCCCCCUUGUCUAUCUUCGUCUUGGAACCAUUGAUGCCAUCACCACUGAUGACCCUGAAGUCAUCCGUGAAAUACUUAUCCGGCAAGACGAGGUCUUCGCUUCACGGCCUCGGACAUUGGCUGCUGUCCACCUUGCCUAUGGCUGUGGCGAUGUGGCUCUUGCUCCACUGGGGCCAAACUGGAAGAGGAUGAGGAGGGUUUGCAUGGAGCACCUGCUUACCACCAGGCGGCUUGAAUCUUUCGCUGCUCACCGAGCUGAGGAAGCUGAGCACCUCUGUGAGUUUGUAUGGGCUAAAUCCCAGUCAGGUAAGCCUGUGAAUCUCAGAGAGGUUCUCGGGGCAUUCUCGAUGAACAACGUGACGAGAAUGUUACUUGGAAAGCAGUACUUUGGGCUGCAGUCAGCAGGCCCUGGUGAAGCGAUGGAGUUCAUGCACAUCACCCAUGAGCUGUUCUUUCUGCUGGGCCUGAUCUAUCUUGGGGAUUACUUGCCUGCCUGGAGGUGGCUUGAUCCAUAUGGGUGCGAGAAGAAGAUGAGAGAGGUUGAGAAGAAGGUGGAUGAUUUUCACCAGAAGAUAAUUGAUGAGCACAGGAAGGCAAGGGAUGUCAGGAAGAGUGGUGCAUCCCUUGAUGAUGAUGGUGAUGAUAGCAAAGAAGGCAUGGACUUUGUUGAUGUGCUGCUCUCCUUGCCUGGUGAGAAUGGGAAUGAGCACAUGGAUGAUGUGGAGAUCAAAGCCUUAAUGCAGGACAUGAUCGCCGCUGCUACUGACACUUCAUCAGUGACCAACGAGUGGGUGAUGGCCGAGGUGAUCAAGAACCCGCGCGUCCUCCGCAAGAUCCAGGAGGAGCUCGACGCCGUCGUCGGCACCAGCCGCAUGGUGGUGGAGGCGGACCUCCCCCACCUGACGUACCUCCGCUGCGUCGUCCGGGAGUCCUUCCGGAUGCACCCGGCGGGGCCAUUCCUGAUCCCGCACGAGUCACUCAAGGCGACGACCAUCAUGGGCUACGACAUCCCGGCGCAGACGAGGAUCUUCAUCAACACCCACGCGCUGGGCCGGAACCCGCGCAUCUGGGACGACGUCGACGAGUUCCGCCCCGAGAGGCACCUCCCGGCGGACGGCGGGCGCGUGGAGAUCAGCCACCUGCCGGACUUCAAGAUCCUGCCCUUCAGCGCCGGCAAGCGCAAGUGCCCCGGGGCGCCGCUGGGCGUGAUCCUGGUGCUCAUGGCGCUCGCCAGGCUCUUCCACUGCUUCGACUGGUCCCCGCCCGACGGCCUCCGCCCCGAGGACAUCGACACCGACGAGGUCUACGGGAUGACCAUGCCCAAGGCCAAGCCGCUCAUCGCCGCCGCUCAACCGCGCCUGCCGCCGCAGAUGUACGGCUCCUGUCCUAGCCAUGGCAUGCAGAUGCAGUAAAACUCGAGCAAAACAUGCAGGGAUCUUAUUACAAGAAUGGUGAAAGAAUACAUACAUACAUACAUACAUAAGUUGAUACAUAUAUACUCUGAGAUAUAUCAACGUAGAACACGAUGAAUUGAAUCAUUUCCAGAGCAUUACUUGUCUCCUCUCUGUUCUUGCGUUCAUAGGUGUGCUAAUCAAUUAGAUCCUGUUCAUGCAUGAACAGAGAUAGUAGCUUUGUAGUACUAGAUGCACGGGCGGAGCUAGAUGCAGACUACGCCUGGGGCUAUGCUAUGUUGAGUGAUAGACUUCUAUGAUUUUUUAUGUUUUGCAUAAAGAAAUUACAAAGGAAGUUGUUUCUAGGCCUGGGGCUAUAG